CGCGAUGCCAAUAUAAGACAGUCACCACGCCCACGCGCAAAACCCUCGAGACCUAGGGCUUCCUCCUUCCCCUCCGAGCACCGCCGCCGCCGCCGCCACCGCCACCGCAGCCUGACCGCUCGGUCUCCGGCAACCAGACAAAAUGGUGAGAGUCAGUGUCCUCAACGAUGCUCUGAAAACAAUGUACAAUGCUGAGAAGCGUGGGAAGCGGCAAGUGAUGAUCCGACCCUCAUCAAAGGUUAUCAUCAAGUUUCUCAUCGUGAUGCAGAAGCACGGCUACAUUGGUGAAUUUGAGUUUGUUGAUGACCACCGCUCUGGCAAAAUUGUUGUUGAGCUGAACGGACGCCUCAACAAGUGUGGUGUCAUCAGCCCUCGCUUCGAUGUUGGUGUCAAGGAAAUCGAAUCAUGGACUGCGAGGCUGCUUCCCUCCAGACAGUUUGGGUACAUUGUCCUUACUACUUCAGCUGGCAUUAUGGACCAUGAGGAGGCUCGCAGAAAGAACGUUGGUGGGAAGGUCCUCGGUUUCUUCUACUAGAAAGAUAUAUCUUGUUGACACUCUACGGGGAUUUCUUAUACAGUAGAUGGAUUCUCCCAGUAGGUGUUAGUGGAAGAGCAUUUUAUUAGCAGUUGAGUCAAAAACCUUGUUAAGAUGAUCCUCGAAUGUCUGAAUUGCCCCUUAAUGUCAUAUGUUGUCUGUUUAAUUUUGCUUGGCGACUUGAGUAAGCUGCUGUAUUCUUGCUCCUUGGAGGCCGCAUGCUUUUUUUGUUAACUUUUUAUAAGUUAUUACUGAAAAUUCCUGGAAGAUAUUCUAUCAUUUUUUUGGUCUA